AUGUCAAAAAGAAAUGAACAACAAGGAAACAAAUGUGAUAUAUGUCCAGGAGCUGAAUCCAAACACGCAGCCAGUAUUGAUGACACAAAUUUUAGAAGUCCUUUAUCAACAGUUGUAGGAAGAUCAUUAAUUCAAAUUCAACAGUAUAAACGACAAAUAUCAACAGCAAAUAGAAAUAAAGAACAAAAUUAUGAUAUACCAUUCGGAAAAACAUGUCAGCAGCUAUUAAAAAAACGAAACAAAGAAAAUUUAUUAAAUCUAAUAAUACAGCUUGAUGGUGUUGGUUUAGUGAAAUCAACCAGUUUAAAAAUGUGGGUAUGCAGUGCAUCUGUUAUGAAGCUACCACCAAAUAUCAGGUCAAGAAGACAUAACAUGCCGUUAUUAUCAACCUAUAUUGGUCACACGGAAUCAAAUGCAAAAUUGUGGCUUAGUUCUUGUUUUGGAAUGUUAAAAAACGUUAAACGAGAAGAUAUGAUUAGAUCUUUCGAGCUUUAG